GUAUAUAUAGAGACAGUUGUGUGUAUAGAUAUUAGAUACUAUAAUAUAUAUAUUGAGAGGGAGGGGGCCUUUGUUUAGGUAACAAGUACACGCAAAGAAACAAGGGCGCAAUGCCCGUAAUUUAAUCCGUUAUCAACGACUUUCUAUUCACACAAACGUAGUCCCAUAAAAGAAGGAUAGAGAUUCUUAUAUGGGCACGUUAUCAGUUCACACUCAUCGCCCCACCCUUACAAAUCAUUUAUCACACAACUCUUUUGUUUCUCUCUCUUUCUCUACAAUCUAAUACGACUACUUUGUACACCAACAAUGUUUAAUAGUCCUCCUCCUCCUACUCCUCCAGACCCACCUCACCGGAGCUCAAACCCGCUGCCCCGUCUCAUUCAUAGCGCGCUCUCGUACGACGGCAACGUCAUGCUCGCCGCUCUCAUCUCACUACUACUCGUAAUUCUGUUCGUUUUGUUACUUCACAUAUAUGCCAAAUGGUUCUUGGCUCAAGCUCGUCACCGGAGGACAAGGUCGGUGUCCGUGUCUGGUGUCUUUGGUGCUCCGGCUCGCUUCCAUCACUUCCAUACCUUCACGCUCAAUACCACCACUCUUUCUAGCUCUCCCAAGAAGGGUCUACAGCCGUCGGUCAUUUCUUCAUUGCCGCUGUUCGUUUACAAGUCCGGUGACCACAAACACGGAUUGGAGUGUGUCAUUUGUCUAAGCGUUUUCGAGGAUGAAGAAAUGGGUAAGAAGCUACCCAAGUGUAGCCACGCGUUCCACGUCGACUGUAUCGAUAUGUGGCUGCAUUCUCAUUCGAAUUGUCCCAUUUGUAGAGCUCCGGUGGUGGCGGCGCGUGAGAUGGGUAAAACUGAUUCAAUAGCAAAUGAUAACGGGAUUUUGAGGGAGGAGCAAACAGCGGGAAUGGCGAGUACCGAGUCCGGUUUGGUUAAUGGGGAGUCGGCAUUGGAGAUCGUAGUUGAGGUUCCGAAUAGUGAGAAUGAGAAUUUGGGAAUGAAUGAUUCAUUAUCAGUGACUUCAACAUCGUCGUCUUUGUCAUCUCAAGCUUCGUCUUUGGGUGGUUCACUUAGAAUGAUGAUGAGCCGGAAUAGAUCUGAACGUAAGGUUCAUCCAUCAUCCAAUGUCAAUGGCUCAUCAUAGGCUAGAGAGAGAGAGAUGAGAGAGAGAGAGAGAGAGAGAGAGGAGACCGCUGCAUUUUUUAUGAUUAUGUUUCAAUUUGUAGUACCACUUGUACAGAUCUGCUGUGAGUAUUAAUUUUCUCUUUAAAUACUCAUUGAACUUCCUCAAAUUUCAUUAUGCCAAAUUCGCAUCAGGGAAUUCGAAUUAUAAA